GCCCCAGCAGAGCUGUACUGUACAAACAGCCGCUCGAUAGGAUUGUGUGAGCUUUGGGUUCGCGGACAGACUUUGGCAGAGAGUGUGUGGGUCGGAAGGUUUUUGCUUUAUUCUGAGGGGCAGAUCUUAAAUUUCCAUUUCCCGAUCUUAAUCAAACGAUUAGGAAAAGUGUUAAAACUCCAGAACAGAACCCGGGAACAGCGAAGGUUCUUAUUUUAGAACGCGGCACUGGCCGGCGAUCCGUUCUAUUUUCGAACGUUGGGGACCGAAGGUUCUAAUUUGGAACGUGAAGCCGGGCAUACGCGUUCUAUUUUCGAAUGCUGGGUCGUCAAGGGUCUUUCAGGAGCAACAUGAAGGACGAGGUUACUCCUGGGGAUUUUGUUAAAUUGUCGCCUGCUCUCGAUUUUACUUUCAUAUUGCAGGCUGGGAUGGUUACCGCCCAUGUUCCAAUGACCAAAAAAUAAAUUAUUCUCCCUGCUUCACGACAGCGAAACCUCAGCACUUUCCCCUUUCGCCUGAGUGCUUUUAUUUCGGGGGGGCGGGGGGUGAGAAAAAUCUAACAAAAUAAGUCUAAAGGUUUUCUCUCUCUCGCGUGACAACCGCCCGUCAUACUCCUUUUCCUGUCUUGUCGAUUUAAAAAUACACACGAAAGGAAAUAAAAGGAUAUAAACAAACUCUGGUAUGGAAGCGAUAAUUGCGCUGCACUGUUAAUCAAGGACAGAGAGGGAAAAAAUGCAGGAUUUAACUAACUAAACAGUUCAAUUGGAAUUGUGAGAUAACAAGGUGUAGAGCUGGAUGAACACAGCAGGCCAAGCAGCAUCAGAAACAAUUGGAAUUGUAUUGUUUCUUAAAAAAAGUUAUUGUGACCUUGUUCAAAAUAUUUAAAAAAUUGCAAAACUCAGCCCCUUUUCGAAUUAAUACUGCACCCGCGAGGAAAGCAUAGAUGACGUUUGUUGCAAGUUGAAAAUAUGGUUGGUGGGUGAUGUAAACCAGCUGAUUUUUUUUUCCUCCUUCUUCUUCAUCAUCUCGCAGCCAGUGGGAUAAUUUCUGGGAAAGGGAUUGUUUUUUGGUUGGCUUGACGUUGUGUUGCUGUGUAAGAAUUUGGGAGGCUGGGGAGAUGUGACCUGGAUUUAGCCUAUCAAGCCCUUGGAAGAGGGGGAGGCAGGCUAGUAGAGUGGAGUGUGCUUCGUUUCUCUGUAAACUGAAACCUCAGGCUUGUGUGGGGAACUGCAGGAGGACGGUAACCACCGGGGGCUGUCUACAGUCAAACAUUCACACGGCAUACACAGCCCGAUAUCCUGGAGACACUGCAAAACAACACAACAACACAGAGCUUCACUCCGCACCCAGUUGGAUUUGGAUCAGAUUUGAAAGCCCUGGAGAGAGUGUCCACGGGAUUGUCACAUGAUCAACAGACAACCUGAAGCUGUUUCAGAAAAUAUUUAGUGGCAGAGGUCCAGGAGCCUUUUUGCAGAGGUUCUGCUUUGCUGAAAUGACAUUCCUCCUCGAGUCAUAAACUGAGAAAGUGGGAUCUAGAAAGGAAACGUGCUCCGGGGGGACUUAUUUCUAUGCUGCACAUUUUUUUUUUUUGUGUGUGUGUCUUAGGUUUUGAAGAAUACUUCUGUUGAGUGCUGCAUGAUUCUAUAUGUGCCGAAAACGCAAAGGCCUUUUUCAGUUUUUGGCAGACACUGAGUGCAGCACAUUGCUGUGUGAAGGAGGUUUGUCUGCAGCAACCUUGAGGCCCCAGGGAAUGUGCUAUGACAUCAGCGGUGGUGGAGACUGGAGGCCUGGUGUUUGACUUUGCCAGUAAUGGAAUGGAGACCCAUCAGCAACAGGAGGCAGAAAAGGGUCCAGGCUACCCUGCAGUGAUCGUGGAGCCAGUUCCAAGUGCCAGGCUUGACCAGGGCUAUGCAGCACAAAUAUUGGUCUAUAAUGAUGAAACUUAUUUGAUGCAAGAUGUAGCAGAAGAACAGGAAAUUGAAACAGAUUCAUCAGAAACCGUCGAAGCAUCUGUCCAUAGCAGUCAUGUCCACUGUACAGAUAAGACGAUUGAGGCAGCAGAGGCAUUACUCCAUAUGGAUUCUUCAACCAGCCUGAGGGAUGACAAGAAUAGUGUCCAGGUAUUCGUGCCCCCCUGUGUGUCGACCCCAGAAUUUGUCCAUGCUGCCAUGAGGCCUGAUGUGAUCACGGAGACCGUCGUGGAAGUGUCGACAGAGGAGCCUGAGCCCAUGGACACGUCUCCUGCGUUACCAAUACUAGAAACCCCAGAGCCAACCAAAAAGAAGAAAGCUGGUCGAAAACCAAAGAACCAGCAGUCUGAGUUGCCUAAUAGUCCGUCGGAACUGUCUGUGAAAAAGAAGGCUAGAGAAGGGAAGGGGAACACUACUUACCUCUGGGAGUUCCUUCUCGACUUACUACAAGACAAAAACACCUGCCCACGGUACAUCAAGUGGACUCAGCGGGAGAAGGGCAUCUUCAAGUUGGUUGACUCGAAGGCAGUUUCCAAGCUUUGGGGCAAGCACAAGAACAAGCCAGACAUGAAUUAUGAGACCAUGGGUAGGGCACUAAGGUAUUAUUACCAAAGAGGGAUCCUAGCCAAGGUGGAAGGGCAACGCUUGGUCUACCAAUUCAAAGAGAUGCCCAAAAACCUUGUAAUUAUUGAUGAAGACAAAACCGAUCCCAGUGCUGGAUCCUAUCCAUCUGAAAUACGAACUGAUGAAACCGGUAACUUAUCUGAGGUGAUGUCUCCAUCCUCAGAAAAUAUCACCUCUCCCAUUUCCUCAAAAGUGAUGGCAGUUUCACGAGGGGCACGGCACACUGCCCAGCAGAGUGUUGUGAAGUUGGGGAGGGCCACAACAGUGAAAGUCUCGUCAUCUGGUCAUGGUGGAGUCUUAUCGCAGGUGCCUCCAACUUCCCUUCCUGUAGUAACCACAACAGUUCCAAGCAGCAGCAGAGCUGUUUGUGUUGCAAUGCAGGUGCCUGUUGUCAUGACCUCUUCAGGCCAGAAGUUUUCAACAGUGGCUGUUCAGUCAAUGAACCCAGUUUCAACUGUAAUAACCAGCACAAACACAACCAUCUCUACUCCAAAGGUUCUUAUCCAAACUAUCCCUACAAUGGUGCCUGCAACUACGGUAGAGAAUGGAGACAAAAUCACUAUGCAGCCAGCAAAAAUCAUCACCAUCCCUGCCACACAGAUCACCCAGUGUCACUUACAGACAAAGUCGGGUUUGGCGACAGCUGGUAGUAUUAACAUCGUUGGAGCACAGGCAGCUAUCCGGGCUCUUUCGCCUAUGUCAAUAGCAGGAGGGACACCUGUGAUGAGACUAGCAGUGCCUGCCCAGCAGUCAACAGUCCAGAACCCUGCUCGAGUUAUUACUGCUGUCAUCAAAGGGGCAGAGGUCAAGCCAGAAAGCACAGCUACAAAGGUGGGAGCAGAUCUUCAUAAUCUGCCUGUGAUUAAGGAAGAGCGUUCAGUGGAGGGUAGCAAGACUGUGACUCGCUGGGUGGUUGUCAGUGCACCCUCAGCCAUUGCCGUCCCAUUAACAAUGAAAACAGAGGCAGAAGCCACAGUGACGGGGGAAAAAUAACGGUACAGCCGUUGGGAGACGAAAGGUUGCCUCAAGACUUUAAGAGGAAUGUUUGUUUUCCAGCAGGUAUCAAACUUUUCUCUCCCAUCCCAUUCUUCAUGGUGGGACUUGAGCCACAUCAUCAAAUGCUGACAAAGAAACUCUGAAUAGGAACAAAUAAGAUUUCAGUGAAUUGAUAUGCAAUUUAAAUGCAUAUUGAUCUAAAAGAAGGGACCACAUGUUUCACUACAUUUUCUAUCUACACUACAGAAUUCUGGAAACACUAAUAUCUUGAUGACUGGUUUGGAAUGUUUCUCUGAAAAUUGCAUAAGCUUUAAAGCACCAGUGCUAUCAAGAAUUUGUGACCUGCUCCUAUCAGACAACUUCAUUGUAAGGUCCUGGCUAUGCAUUGUACUGGAGGUCUUAAGCUGAAAUGUAAUCUGGUCAUCUUUAUUGAGACUGUUCAAAAAAAUUACAGUCACUGAUAUUUUGGGCAGAAAACUGUGAGGCUUUCUAACUUAACCAUCCAAUCUCAUCUGGUUUUGUAUUAUAAAUAUAAAACCAAUAAGCUUGAAUUUUGUGUAUAACUCAUUCGUCCAUUUUAAGAGCUAUAUCCAUCAUUCUUUAAUUUAAAGCUCUCAAAUGUUCUUCUUUUCCAUGACAUUUUAUAUAGUACCCCUUCAAUCCCUUUUGGGUACGAAUUUUCUAUAACCAGGAGUUGGCCAUACAGCUCUUUCCUUAAAAUUAAUAUUAUUUUUAAAGAAUUUAAUUUAAAUUUUAAUUUUUAAAGAAAUGCUGACAUUAAACUUUCAUUUGCAAAAUGGUUCAUGUAUGUGUUGCAGAAUAGACAGUCAGCAUAUGGCUAGCCAGAAUCUUGCAAUCCUGAAGAUUGUUAAAUUGGUUCCUUGCAAACAAGUUGCUCGGUCUUUCAAACUAGAUGCUGCAUAUCGUAUUUCAGAUGCAUAUCAUAUUUCAGAUGCAUAUCAUCCUUUGCUUAAAUAACACCAUGUGCACAGUACUUUUAUUUCCACUGGUGCUAAGCAAAUUCUCUUAUUUAAAAAACAAACAACUGUAUAGAAUGUGAAGGACUAAGUUGAAAUAGAAGUUACUGCUUUUAUUUGGAGAGAGAGAGAGGGAGGUAUGAUGGUGUAUUUUUAGUAUUUGUAUAAUUACAGUUAGUGAGCAAUGUUAAAAGACAGCUCGAGUUUUUCCAUUUUAAAAAAAAAAUAAGCUAUGUAAGAACUAGCUUUUUUUGUUUAAAGCUCUUUUUAAUCUUACAAAAAACACAGUAUUGUUAUGGAGUAACAUGUUAUUUUACGAUAGUUAGAGCCAGCCAGAUACAUGGUUUGUGGUCAAGUGAUAGACCUUUGGCUAUAAUCUCUUUUUUUUUAACAAUGCCUGUGUCACUUUGCCUUGGUGUAUGUAUAAACAUUUUUGCUUUUUUUCAAUGCAACUUCAAGGUCAUGUUCAGUCAAGCUUUGUGCAAUGAGCAGUUUUUCUUUCAGGUAAUUCUAAACCUGCUGACUUCAGUUAAAGAGGAAGUCUUGCCAUCAGGACCCAUCAUCUUUUUAAAAAUGAAAAUUGUUACAAGAAAUCAUAAUUAACAUCCUUUUAGUUCGAUCAGUUUUUAUAUUUUGUUUUGUUUACACAGUGAUGAAGAACAGUUUUUAUGUUUGGUAGGGGAUUUAUGGUAUUGGUUAGGACAGGUAUUGAGCCUGGCCAUAAAGACAGAGGUACCAUUCAGGGCUGGAGCAUUGUUGGGUUAACGUUCAGCCAUUGCUAUUCAGCUCUGACAUGGAACUAACUCCCUUGGAUCCUGGUACUGGAUUUGGAUUUCAUCAGUACUCACUGUUCAAUAGGAUUCAAAUCUGAAACAAAUGGACCAAAACUAGAUGUUAAACCCUCCACACCCACCUGCUUUUUAAAACUGGAUUCUGGUAUCGAAACUCCCUCCCUUAAUGAUUACUGAGGGAGAUUACCAGUGUUCUGACUGAAAAAUGUUUGUACAGUUUCAACAUUUGAAGUAUAUUCUAUUUUGUUGUACUCUUGUUUCAAAGUGUAUUCAAGUAGAUUUUACCAAAAUAUAAGUGAAUCCUGUUUUGAUUGUGCUUUGGUAAAGAAAUACGAAGUAAAUCUAA